CGGGGGCGGGCGGCUGCAGCGCCCCCGCACGCCCCGCGCCUCGCACACUCGCCCCGGCCGCUCGCGCGCAGCCCGGCGUCGCCCCGCGCCGCGCUCGCUCCUCCCUCCUCCCCGGGGCUCGGUGGCUCCCGCGCUCCCGGCGAGGCUCCGGCGCCGAGCGCGCGGACGGGCGCACGACAGACGGCCUCGGGAAGCCUCGGCCCGCUCCUCCAGGGCGGGCUAUGUGGAUUGCCCCGCCAGGGCCGGCCCGCGGGAUCAGCCCGGCCCGGCCCGCGGCCCCGGCGGCCAGCGGGGACUAUGAACCGGAAAGCGCGGCGCUGCCUGGGCCACCUCUUUCUCAGCCUGGGCAUGGUCUACCUCCGGAUCGGCGGCUUCUCCUCGGUGGUAGCUCUGGGCGCAAGCAUCAUCUGUAACAAGAUCCCAGGCCUGGCUCCCAGACAGCGGGCGAUCUGCCAGAGCCGGCCCGACGCCAUCAUCGUCAUAGGAGAAGGCUCACAAAUGGGCCUGGACGAGUGUCAGUUUCAAUUCCGCAAUGGCCGCUGGAACUGCUCGGCGCUGGGGGAGCGCACCGUCUUCGGCAAGGAGCUCAAAGUGGGGAGCCGGGAGGCCGCCUUCACCUACGCCAUCAUCGCCGCAGGCGUGGCCCACGCCAUCACGGCAGCCUGCACCCAGGGCAACCUGAGCGACUGCGGCUGCGACAAGGAGAAGCAGGGCCAGUACCACCGGGACGAGGGCUGGAAGUGGGGCGGCUGCUCUGCCGACAUCCGCUACGGCAUCGGCUUCGCCAAGGUCUUUGUGGAUGCCCGGGAGAUCAAGCAGAAUGCCCGGACUCUCAUGAACUUACACAAUAACGAGGCAGGCCGAAAGAUCCUGGAGGAGAACAUGAAGCUGGAGUGUAAGUGCCACGGCGUGUCGGGCUCCUGCACCACCAAGACCUGCUGGACCACGCUGCCGCAGUUCCGCGAGCUGGGCUACGUGCUCAAGGACAAGUACAACGAGGCGGUCCACGUGGAGCCCGUGCGCGCCAGCCGCAACAAGCGGCCCACCUUCCUCAAGAUCAAGAAGCCGCUGUCCUACCGCAAGCCCAUGGACACCGACCUGGUGUACAUCGAGAAGUCGCCCAACUACUGCGAGGAGGAUCCGGUGACGGGCAGCGUGGGCACGCAGGGCCGCGCCUGCAACAAGACGGCGCCCCAGGCCAGCGGCUGCGACCUCAUGUGCUGCGGCCGCGGCUACAACACGCACCAGUACGCUCGCGUGUGGCAGUGCAACUGCAAAUUCCACUGGUGCUGCUACGUGAAGUGCAACACGUGCAGUGAGCGCACCGAGGUCUACACGUGCAAGUGAGCGGGCGCCCGGCCUCCGCGCCGCUGCUGAGCUGGUCUUGUCUGCUGUGGGGGGGGGUUGCCCCUGCCGGUGGAGGGGGGGGCGGGGGACCCCUCCCGGGCCCCGAGUCGCCAUCCAUGCCGCACCCAGACGCCGCCCUCGGCCGGAGCAGAGCCAGAAGCACCGGACCCCGGGGGCCUCGACAGUAAUAGCAAUAUUUAACAAUUUAUUCUGAUAUAAAAAAAUAAUAUUAAUUUAUUUAAUUAAACAAGAACCCUUCCACCUCGUCGGGAUCCGUUUUCUGCAAUCAACGUGGACCGCUGGCUUUCCCUGUGGGAUGAUGGUUCUGCCGCUAGAACAAGGAGUGGAAUAGAACUGUACAUAGUGAUUCUUCAGGCAGAUCUUUUUCCUAGCUGAUUUCGCGAGGACCCCCUUGCCGCACUAGAUGUUCAAGGGCAAGGGCAGACAUCCUUUCUGUGUGUAUAUAGAUACACACACACACACAUAUAUUUUUUGCUGUUUGCUGCUAAUUCUCCAGAGAUUUAAGCUGGCCUGGAACUGGGAGACGUUUUCUAGAAUACGGUUCCCAGCCUAUAGUCCUCCCCAGCUCAAACCUCCCCAUUAGAAAAGUCCAGUUUGGAACAGAGAGAGAGAGAGAGAGGAAAGGUAAUGCUCAAACCCCCAGCUGUUCCCACCUUCUGGAAAGUGAGCCACUGGAUAAGAGAGAAUAUUUUGUUAGAGACUAUUUUUAUAUGAAUAUUUUAUUUAUAUUGAGUCUGCCUGUAUCAUUCCACGACCUGUGCUCCUUCUUAAUCCCGGUACUCCCUUUGGGGUAAGGAGGGGCCAGGCCUGGGUGUGGGGUCAGGCCCCACGGAGACCCUGACUCACACAGCUGGGCUCUCCAGCCCUGCUGGCCAAGUGGGCAGGAGCGGCCCCAGACGCCUGGGCCGUGCAGUCAGCGGUUUCCCCGAGGAGGAGGCAGGGCCCUGGCCCUGGCUCGUUGAGCUCCGGCCUUUUGAGCAGGGCCCCCUAGUUGUGACCUCGAGAGGAGCCAUGUGGAGGGUAGGCUCGUGUCCUGGGCCCCACGUGGCUGUCACAGAGACACGUCAUGACCGCCUGGCAGAAGCCAGCUAAGGGAGCCCGCUCCUCCUCAGGACACCCUGCCACUGCUGGGCGUCCUCUGUUACGGGGCAGCAGAGCUGGGUGAGGGGCUCCCUCGAGCAGCAGGGCUUCCUGGAUGGCACAGCCCCAGGGCUCAGAGAGGUGUGGAUGAGGCCUCUUCACUGGGUCCACCGACGUCCGGUGCCUCUGAACCUGGAAGUCUCUCCUCCAGGAGGGUGUGGGUGUUCUAAUGCGUGUCUGUUUGCAUUUCCCUGUGUGUGUGUGUGUGUGUGAGAGAGAGAGAGAGACACUUUAGGGAUCCUCAGCACUAUCGUGUGACCGCCCCCUCGAGCCCCUUCUGGGUGCUGACGUGUACGUCUAGUGCGCUCCUGCAUGUACAUGGCUAUCUGUGCAUCUCUCUCCACGUGCCUGGGAGAUUCAGGGUGCUGUGUGCCUGUUGAUCUGCUGUGGUCCCAGGGGUGUCUGCUUAUGGGUGAGGGCUUGUGGUGUGAAGCAGGUUGCUGGGACCUUUGGCGAUUGUGAUGAGCCACCAAGAAGAGAUGGCAUCUCUGAACUCUGUGCCCGCAGACACUGGUGAAACUCAGAUACCUCUGAGACAACAGUCCCCUGGCCCCACACACUGGGAGCCCCUCAGUGUCUCCAGGCAGUGUCAGACUCCCCAGUGUUAGCACCGGGCCUGGGUCACAGCAUGGACAAAUAAAAUGACUGGACAGUGGCUUGA